GGGAACAGACUCCAAUCAAACUAGCCGUUUCGGUCGGUAAGGUGGGUGGAGGGGAUUGAGAUUCCCAAGCAAUCCUUACUUGGAGUAAAAAAGAAGAAAACGAACGAACCGCAACUGGACAAGCGACGUGAAGUUCCUAACAGACCGAACCAAUCAACAGGGGUAGCUUCUCAUAUUCGCCAAAAUGAUCUCAACUGAUUUGUGGGUUUACAUUAUCGGUAACAUCGGUACAUAGUGCACUUGUUUAUUUUUAGCUAAUUUACACGCUUCUUUAUCUUCGGCCUUUGCCGACCUCUCCUCGAAUCUACCUACUGUCUCAUCUCUCACUUCUUUCCCCCUCUCUAUCUACUGACCUAUCGUGUGCGGUUUUAGUUCUAUCGAUUUCUAAUCGGGCCUCUUCGUUCGAACGGGUUAUUUCAUUAUAUCAUCUUUUAUGACACUUUACAUGCGCAUGUUAUGAAAAAGGUUUGAGUACUCACUGACCGUAGACCUUUGUAGUGCUCGGGAGCAUACCUCGAUGACUGACGACGGUGCGACGAAACAAUGGCGGCGGUGCGACGAAACGAUGGCGUCGCUGGUGGUUGCGAUGACGCCGACGAGGGACGUGGUAAAUUUCGUUCCUGUCGAUAUGUUGAAAACGCUUGAAGAAUCGACGGGGUUCGGACUGAACCGUGGAUGACCGUUAGCCAAUUCUAAGCCGUGGCGGGCAAAGCGAUCCUGGUUUCGCUGGAAGUGGUUGACAAAGCAGCACGUUCCACGUGCAUCGAUAGAACCGUUUCCUAUGGUUCACUUAGCGGUGGUGGGAAUUGUUCGCUUAUAGACGAAAAAGCCGUUUGAACGGCUGUUCAAACGCGUUAGGGCGCGGUGUACGAAAUUAUUUUUCAAUCAGUUUUACCUUUUAUUUUCAGGCCUUUCACGCACACGAUACCGCACAAACUAUUUAAGUACUUAUUUCUGUUUCCUAUCUACGGGGGGAAAAACAUCACUGUUACUGGCUAGACUGUAAGAAACUUCACUCACUUUACCUAAUUAUUUUAUAUCACUCGACAACGCGCGGAUCCAACACUCCACUUACAUUCGCGAACCAGGUUAAAUAAAGCUGGACGCUGCGAAAAUCCCUCAGUUAAAUAGUGAGCUAUCUUUGGGAAAUUUGAACCGGAAGUUCUCCCAAAAACCAAUUCGUUGUUAAUCCGGACUGGCAUCUCUUUUUCGUUCAAGCCGUUUAAAUUAAGCCAUCUCAGAUUCUGCCGACUACUAAAAAUUCCCCUACUAAGAGAGAUCUUGCCCGACGGAGAGAAUACCGUGGAAAGACGGAAUAAAGAUUAACCGAGUAUCCUCUGGUUAAGUGUUCACGCAGCAGGGACUUUCAUAGAAGCUAUGCGAACCGCAGCAGAGAGCCGCAUAAGCUUUGUACGUUCGUUCGAAAAGCUAUCAACUGACAAUCUGCUUGACCAGACCGUUCAAUAUCAAAAUGAAUCAGUUUCAUCGCACGAGCUUAACGGGAUUGAAAAUUAUAAUCUCUUACAAAACCAGAAUCAUAGAUCAUCGAGUUCUCAGUCCGGCCACCAUUCUGGGAAAAAUGUUCGACAAAAUAAUGACCAAAACCUGGUGUUGGUGCAAAAUGAUUGUGGAUCCAGUUCUAAUAUUUUCUUAUCAAGUAAGGAAUCAUUGAGCUCCGUAUCUGUUUUUCUGGCAACGAAAACUAAUUCUUCCGCUGAACAGGAGACUGCUUCUUUAAAGAACUUAAGUGAUUUUUGUGAUGUGAAUUCAUUAGUUGAACAUACAUUUAGCACUGAAAAUGGCUUCGAAGAUAAUAAUGAUUCCUCGCAAGUCGAUAAUGGUGUGAAGCUCUCUACCCGUUUGGUGGAUGUAGCGAUUAGCAUUGGAGAAAAAAAUAACUGCUGUGAAGAGCCGCUAUCAGCAUUUGCAGCUCUCAGAGAAGCACAGGAGGAUGUUACUCCAUUGGAUAGUCUAGAUGAUAAUUCUUCUCAUGAAACGAAUAGUAUAGAAGAAGCUUUACGAGCUUUAGAUCACGCUAUAAAUGGAGAACAUGAGAGUACCACAAGUGAAGACGAGCGUAAUUUUGUUGAUUAUUUGGGCACUGUUCAUGAAGAGAGAAUCGAUGGCGUCCGCAAUGAAUUCUGUAUCGAAAAAAAUUCAUCUUCAGAUAGCGGCAUGGAAGAGGCCGAAAUCAGUGAAAAAAAUGUUUUUAUUGAUGUUUCGCAGCAGGCAAUACGAGAGGUAGCAACCAAAUUGGUAGACGAAAUAUUAUUACUUUGUCAAAACCGAGUUGAAAAAAUACGGAAAUACGAUUCACAUGAUGUGUUUGAAAGGAAUAAUCAGGAUGAUGAUUUUGAUGAUUUUAAUAAAACCAUUUUAUUUGAAUGUAGCACACCUUUUGUCUCGAAAAACGCUAAUUUUGGUUAUAAAAAUUCCUUCACGAGGCAUGCUCUUUUCAAUAUCAAUCAAAAUGAUACCUACGUACAAGAUCACUCAUGGCAAGAAUUGAAACAUGAAAGAAGAAAAGCAGCCAAUGAUUGUAUGUCUUCGAAUAUUUCAAACCAAACCGGCGAUUAUUCUAUAAACGAGAAUGACGAUGAUCUUGAGCAAAUAUACCCGUUAAACGAAACAGUUGAGAUUGCAGCAAACAAUGCCGAAAACAACUUAGGUAAUCCAGCUGAAACGUUCAUCAAAGAUGACUCAGACAAUUUACCUGUAAUAACCAUAGACAAUAGCAUGAACAAUGAUGCUUUAUCAGAUAAACCAACAGCUACUCCAAUGAAUACACCAAUUGAACAAGGAUACCCAACGACAAUAGAUUGGGACGAAUGGCUUUCGACUAGCACCUCUUCUUCGACUAUAUGUCGAAAUUCACAGAUUCGCGAAAAAGAAAAUUACUUCUCAAGUCAAACAAUCGAUAACGGCUGGUUUUUGCACGCAGAAUCAGAGUACGAUAAAGCCAACGAGAAUACAUUUGAAAUAGAAGAAAAUAAUGAAUCACUUGAUUCUACGUAUGAUUUACUUCGAAGGCAAUUAACAGAAAUGCUAUCACAUGCACAGAGUGCCAAAGAACCUGCUGACCGUCACGAAGAAAAUGAUUCACAUCCAGAUCACUACGGCAUACAAUAUGGCGAUUUAGACGAAGCCUCUAACGCACCAUCAGCAUCGAGUGCUAUGGAUAACGAAUUAAUAAUUAAUUAUAAGCGUACUCUUUCCCCAAUAAUAGAAGAAAGUGAAGAUGAAUCAUUCUAUAACAAGGCUUCAUUUUAUAAAGAAUCAUCGAAUUUCGUCGAAAGCACCAGCACUGGAUGCAUGGGAUCUACAACAGCGAUGGGAAUCAAUAGAACACUCAUGGCGUCGAAUGAUACUUUAUUCAACUUUGAGGAAAUGUUGGACGAGAUAUUAUCGCCCCGAAUUUCCUCACAAUCGCAUACGCCAAUUAAUCGGGAAAAAGAAAUUCCCGAUUAUUUUUUAAGGUCACCUCGCCAUGAAUCGACAAGCGAGUUGAGUAAAAAAGUGGAUACACUAAAGCUUUCUUCUGAUUUUGCAAUCAUUGUGCAGCAAACACAAGAUUCGUCGUUAAGCUCACCCGGAGAUCAAGCACAAAUAGAUAAUUCACAAAGCUCCUCAAUCGUUAUGGAAGAGAAAACUUGUGUAUAUAUUGGAAAACCUGCCGAAGACAAUGAACGAAUUUCAGAAAUUUCUGAACCUAUAUUAGUCUCGUCCACUUCUUGUCCUUACAAUCACGGUGAAAAUAGUCUUUUAGAUGCAGAGAUCCCAUCCAUCGUCGAAGAUUCAUUCAAUAAAAUUGUGGAGAGAGAGAAACCAUUAGAUAAUGAGCAGUGUUUUCACGGUUUAGAUUUUCGUUAUACCGCAGAGCCUGAGGUAAACGUAGAACCUCCCGAACGAGAUGAGAAUUGUGACCCUGCUACUAGUAACAGCAGUCCUGUACAAGAAACAGUAUAUUUACAGAACAAACUGAAUCUGGAAAAUACUUACAACAACUGUACCCAAGAUACACAAGCAGCAAUCGAGUCCAUUGAUAGAUUCUUGCUUAAAACCAAGAAUAUGAGUUUGCUAGACGAGAAAAGUACAAAUUCUGUGGGUAAUGAUCAAUUAAGUAUUUGUAAAGUAUCUAGUAUAUCUGAUGGUAAAAAUGUUAGUAUAAAUCAUGAUAAAUAAAAUUGAGUUACAAAAAA